AUGAACAUUCAACUGGCGAGGCGCGGGCUGCUCAGCAACUUCUCCGGCGAGAUCACGGACGGGGCGCGUCCGGGAGGAGGAGGAGGAGUGGUUAAGGUCGGGCCGUGGGGAGGAUCGGGCGGGCAAGGUUUCUACAUGCCCGGCGCCCCGUCACCCUCUAGCCUCUACCACGCCGACGCGGUGCACAACUUCUCGUUCGAGUAUCUUCUGGGUGGGGUUUUGGUGGGGCGGACGAUGGCGCCGUCCGGCGGCCGUUCCCAUGGCUCAAAGGGACUCCGUGCGACGAUCAACUUCUCACCGGAUGAGCAUCUCACCGCCGUCGAGGGGACGUUUGGGCGUUGCAGAAGCGUUCCUGAAGUCGUCAUCACCUCGUUGACGUUCCGUACAGACAAGGGAAGAACGUACGGACCGUACGGCGAGGGGACCGGCACGCCCUUCUCCAUCCCGGCCGCAAAUGGUUGCAUCGUGGGCUUCUGGGGACGCUCUGGCUGGCUGCUCGAUGCAAUCGGGGUUUACAUCAUGCCAUGCCAAGUUUAA